AGAGAGAUCCGUAAAUCUGAAGCAACGGUCCUCGACAUCUCUAAUCAUUUGCUUUCUUCACGAGAAGAAGCUCAGUCUCUCUCUCUCUCUCUCUCCCCCUCGUUCUCUCUUGCGAUUUGUAUUAUUAUUUAUUUGUUUUAAUUCAUAUUUAUGGGAUUUAAUAAGAGCUGGGGGGGAUAAAGGAAGUGCGAGAAAAGCUAAAGAGCAAGAAUCUAUGUGCUGGGGGAUUGCCCCAUGCCUUUUCCUUCAUAUCCUUUUUGAGCUCGCAAAGCCAUGGCCGACGAUCUCUGUUUUUUCAGCAAGGAUUCUUUUAUCUUUAAGUCUCCUAAGAAGUCUCCAUUGUUGUUGAGGACGGUUGUCUUGGUAUUUGUAAUGGUAUGUGGUGUGUAUAUAUGCACAAUUUGUCUGAAGCAAAUAGGGGUUGGCACCAAGACUGGACUUUUGAGCCUUGAAGUAUUCGACAGACCAUGUCCCGAGCCGCAAAUUGAGCCGUGGGAUAUUCCUUAUGUGCACUACCCAAAACCAAAAACUUUUAGAAGGGCGGAAUGCGCUUGCCAUCCUGUGAGGUAUUUCGCUAUUCUUUCAAUGCAGAGAUCUGGGAGUGGAUGGUUUGAGACCCUGUUGAACAAUCAUACCAACAUUAGCUCCAACGGGGAGAUCUUUUCUGUUAAAGUUAGGAGGAGUAAUAUCUCUACCAUUUUUGAGACCUUGGACAAAGUUUAUAAUCUAGACUGGCUCACAAGUGCUUCCAAGAAUGAGUGCACAGCUGCAGUUGGGUUGAAGUGGAUGCUUAAUCAGGGCUUGAUGCAACAUCAUGAAGAAAUAGUAGAUUACUUCAAAACUCGUGGUGUUUCAGCAGUUUUUCUCUUCAGAAAAAAUCUUUUACGUAGAAUGAUUUCGGUACUUGCAAAUUCAUAUGAUCGAGAUGCUAAGCUAUUAAAUGGAACCCACAAGUCUCAUGUCCAUUCCCGUCAUGAGGCAGAGAUAUUGGCACGUUACAAGCCUUUCAUCAAUGCAACGCUGCUGAUACCUAAUCUGAAGCAGGUAGAAGCAACAACAUCCAAAGCUUUGGCAUACUUCAAUAGCACUCGCCACAUUGUCCUCUACUACGAGGACGUAGUCAAAAACCGAACUAUAUGA